AUGACCUACAUCUCUAUUACCCCAUAUUGUAAAUCCCUAUCCACAUACAACUUACCCCCCUCCCCCACCAGAUCGUACAGGAAAAACUUCAGGCCCAAAAAUUUACCAAGCGAUCCCCUUCACAGGGGGAGACCCCUCACGGCGGGGAGCGGAAAAGGUCUGGCGCCAGUGGCCGCGGAGUGGGGGUUUGUUGUGUCUAGCUCUCGUUGCCCCAUACUACUUCCAUUUCAAAUGAAGAGCCGAAUUCAACGAACCCCCGUGAAAAAAAAAACUGAUACAAUUAAACCUGCAAAUAAAUCAAUACGCCCGCUUAAAUUCACGAACCCCGUGGACCCUCCAAAACCUCCUGAUCCUCCCGAUGAUCCUUUACCAGAACCUAGAGCAAGAAAUAGUGCUUUUCCUAACCUUGUGCAAAAGCGUAAUGCAAUUGUAGAAACCGAUUCCGAACAGGAAAACAUUCCUGCGAAAAAUCGUACAAAUGCAUUGCGUUUUGUCUUCGAUGUUGAAGAUGACACAGGCGAUUCAUCUGCUAAUACCAUAAUAAAUCCUUCAGUUCCACCACCCCCGAAUAAAAAAAUAGUCGAAGUUUCGGCUGAAUCUUCUUCCCAAGAUCCUUAUUGGUGGGAUCCCAAUGUACAAGCAGACCAAGCCACAACAUCAAAUGGACAAGACAACAAAAAUCGGAAGUCUUCUCCGGUCACUUUUCAACAUCCACUAGGAAAUUCUACACCUCUUUCUCAUAUUGGCGAUUCAGAGACAGAAGAUGAUCGUCCCCCACAGCAGGCACGCGCUUCUUUACCCCAAAUACCUGAAGAAUUUUCAUCGGACCCCUCACUCCCGUCGGAACAAGUUGAAAAUUUUGAAAACCCUAACUCUCUCGCUCAUAAUAUUACUAAUGAACUCUUUUAUCCAAAUAUAUAUCGUGAAAAACCUAAACUUUUGGAAAUACAUUCAACUAACGAAAAUUUGACAUAUUACCGAGAUAAUUAUUUACACUUCAUUUCCGCAGAUUGUGAAUUUACAACGCAAAUUUCUAGAUUAUUAAUUGAUACCGAUUAUAUUAACCCUCAAGAUAUUAAAUUAAAGAAACCUAAAGUACAGCAAAUUUUAGUAACUCCUAAAGGAAAACAUAAAGUUCUUAGUGCAGUAAUUACCAAUAAACACUAUGAUGAAACUACUAUUCCAGAACUUAAAAAUAUAUUAUUGGUCCUUAAAGAUGUUAUUAAUCAUUAUGAAUUAAAAACACUAAGAAUAUCUAAAAAUGGAGACAUACAUUCCAGAAAUAUUCAUUCUCACAGGGUGAUGAUGGGAGCCAUUCAACUAGCCAUUUUAGUAAGCUCUCUCCUGCAGCCGAUCUCUGGUUUUAUAGCUUUCGACUGUAGUACUCCCUUUCUAAAUAUCACUACGCUUUCUUUAUUGGACGUUAAAGAUUGUAAUAUUCCACCACCUAAACCGGUUAUUACACACAGCAACGUACAACUUUUACAGACCCUUGACUUUUCUAUGAUUAAGAUCAUUCAAUGUAAACUCAAGGUUCGUCGUAUUAUUCGUUAUUGUGGAGAGUUAAGCCAUCUUUUUGGUGAAAGUAUCCCGUCAGAAAAGAUGAAAGUGCUCCUAGGAAUUUUACCAUUCUUCGUUUUACUACCUGUGGUAGUCACCAGCGAUAAUAAUAAAAUACAAACAACACCUUUACAAUCCGGUCUUUUAUUUGAAGAAGUAAACAAAAUUCGAUUUAAUCAAGGUCAUUGGAAGGUGGCAUCUUCACUUUUUCCAAUUGAUCUUUUGCUUUAUAGACCAAACCUUCCGCAAUUGAAAGCUUCUUUAGUCUAUAACAAUUGCGAAACACACUUACUACACGAUAUACGCAACCAAAUCAUAGAUCGUCACAACUUCGAAUAUUUAAACUCGGAAAUAGACUUAUAUAUUGCUAAGAUUUUUGAUGAACUAAGAGCAUUAGAUAUUUCCACUAAAGACUCAACACCAACAUUUACAGUUUCUGAUAAUAUGAAAUUUGAAUCUUACUUUAGAAAAAUAGACAAUUAUAACUUGCCAGAAAAUUCGAGUCAUCAUACACAAAACAAUAAAACUUUGCUCUUAAAUGAGAAUACUCAAUUUAUAAACUCAAUUCCAUAUGAUACUUUCGAAGCUAUAAGAGAGAGACAAUCAAAUUGCAUAAAAUUGAGUAAUCUUAUAAUCAAUCACCCAACCUCAACUUCCAAUUCGAAAACUCUUUCAGUUUUUCUAGAUAAAAUUAAAACAUGGUCUAUUCAUGUCCGAAAAUUAUUCGAUAACUAUCUAGACACACUGAAAGAGAUAAUGAUGGGUAUACAACUGGCUAGAGUAGGACAACUCUACCCAGGUAUAAUAAGCCCUAGUAAAAUCAUUACUAUAGCUGAAGGAAUGGUUAAAACUAAGCAAGGGAGAAUAUUACCUAUAUUACUCGAAAAAUUUACUUUUAAAGAUUUACUGAAAAAUAGGAUAUUAAUAUUUAUAACAAUACCUAUGUUAGAUUCUAAACUCUAUAAUUUAUAUAACCUUCACCCCUAUCCUGUUUCACAAACAUUCGGCAAAAACACUAAAGCCUCUGCCUACAUACAACCUCGAACAGAUUACCUGCUCACCUGUAUGAACAGAUAUUGGUACGCCCUCCUAACGGAGAAUGAAAUAAAACAGUGUACUCCAGUUGCUGAUUUCCUUCUGUGCCCAUUUAUUUUUCCUUUAUACGACUCAACUAUUGAUCCUGCUUGUGAAAUUUCAUUACUGAACAAUCAACCUCAUUUUAACGCACUAACGUGCGACAUAAGAAUGAGUCAAGCACACCAAUCCUACUGGAAACAAUUAACCACCACUCCAGGAUGGAUAUACUCACUACCUGAAACGGAAUCAAUAAUUAUAACUUGCAACGUAGCCAACACCGUUCCCGAAUUGCACACAUUUAUACCAUUAGCCAGGACAAGAAAUUUCGAUACGCCAAGAGUCAACAACUAUGGAGUUUUGAGAUAUGACUUCGAUUUGCAUCAAGCAAUAUUGGGCAUUUUGAAGACUAUCGAGAAACCGGUCGAAGUCUUCUUUCGUACUUAUAUAUUCUACAGUCUUCUCACCAUGCUUUUUAUCCUAAAUGUUUCCAUCGGUGUAAUACUAUUACUACGGAAAAGAAAGACCCAGGCAAUGUACAACUCUCUAAGCAUGGAGGAGAUACAACCCCCAUUACCCGAACCUACCACAAAUACUUACCUGAGUUUCUCGAAAUCAGAUGAAAUAAUUUACGAUACUCCAUCUGCCGUUAGAAAAGUCUGGUUUCAGGGGCCACUGGCAUCUUCAGCUUCUAGUAUUUAA